GUAAAAAUUUUGUUCGUCCACUGGAACCAUUUGUUCUUGGAUAUUCCUCUGUUCUACUUCAAUAUUCUUAUGCUCUGUGGCAUUUGAAUGUUGAUGAUGGGCGCGGCGAUUUCUACCAUUUCUCGUCAUUCGCUCCAAAGUAGCCCUGAUUUUCGAAUCUCUUGCCAAUCGAAGGUAUUAGUUCCUGAUAUUUGGAGGUCUUCAGCGGAGAGGUAUGGCGAUCGGGUAGUAUUACUGGAUCCAUACCAUAAUCCUGCUUCCAAAAUUACUUAUAAACAGAUAAAGAAUUUAUGGGAUGCUAUACCUGCUAAAGUUGGGGAUAAAUUUCUAAGCAUGCUUCCACCUUGGCAUGCGUACGAACGGGCUUGUGAAUAUUUCAUAUUUACACAUGGAGUGGAGCAAACGUACACAACGACAAGAAAGUUAAAGGUAUUUCAAACUCCUCUGUAUUUGAAUUGUCAGGAUGAUCUUCGUGAUUAUCAACCAGACUACUUGGUUUCUGUUCCAUUGGUGUGAUUAUAGUUCCCAACAAGGGACAACUGUUGUCUGCUACAUCCGAUCUUAGCAAUGAAACCUUGACAAGCCUGAUUUAUAGUGAACUCAUAAAAUGGACCUCAGAAUGUUCAUUUCAAAUUGGACCAAUCCUCAUUGUCAAUGAACCAUUCACAGUAUGAAAUUCGUGAAUGUAAUAUAAAAAGAUAAUGGGUUACUAAGCCCUACAAUGGAAAUUCGAAGAGACAACGUUACAAGAAGGAAAUUGAGAACUUAUUCAAGGCAAUAUAAUGUGGAUAAUUAGUCUCUGGACUUGGACAAACAUUUAGCACAAGCUAUAUAUAUAAAUGACUUUAUA